AUGUCAGGAAAGAAGACCUUUGACAAAAAACCAAGAAAGACACACGAAACUUCACGAGAGAAGUGGCACCGAAGAACAAAAUAUUAUGCACAAGGUAAAACAAAAGAAAAGAUUGAACAACUCAAACAAAUGAAGAAAAAUGAAAAGAAGAUUGAGAAACUUAUUGCUGAGAAUGCCAACCCUAAUUCAUUUUAUGACAAGUACUUUAAAGGAGAAUUAGAUGAUGAGAUGGAGGAAGAAAAUAAUAUAGGAUUCAAAGAACUUAUCAAAAAUCAAGUGAAACAACAAACUAAAAAAACUAUUCAACAAGCAAGAGAAGAACGAAAAGAAAUAAUAAAAGAGAAAAAGAAAGAGUUAGAAGAACGAAAAUUUAAUCAACUUGAAAGAGAGAAACGAAAAAAAGAAAAGUUAAAGGAAAAGAAAAUUUUACUUCAAAAAACAAAAAAAGGUCAACCAAUAAUGAACAAUAUUAUGAAUAAGUUAUUGAAAGAUAUUGAACAUCAACAACAAUAA